AUGCCCAACAAAGCGCAACGACGCUCGACAUGGCGCUUCAGCCUCGAGCCAAGACCCCGUGAAGAUGAUCUCGCCCCACAUUCCAGCAGCGACAUCUCCACGACACCGCCACAGCUGCCCGACCCGUCCCCGGUCUCCCCCUUGAACGCCGCAUCUGGCCCUGGAGCCGCCUUUCCAUGGAGUGUCUCGGAUGACAUGCCAGCCCCCGACCCGUCAGCUGGGAGGCUGCCCGGCGAGGUACACGUCACAUCGGAGGACUUAGUCAUAUUCAAUUCGUUCCUCCACGGGGCUUAUCCGUCAGCAGAGCCGGAGGAGCAUAUAUUCCCCGCUGGCCAAAGGAGCUCUGACUUGAACCCGGAGAUGGUGACGCCGGAUGAUUGGGUCAUGGUUCAGCAUCAGGGUGAACAGAGCCAAGCUCAGAGAAUGUCCACGUCGUUUAGGGCAAUGGCUGGAGCAGAUGAUCAAGCACGGCAGCAACAGAAUCAACCCCUAGAUAAGUCGGACAUGCCAAAGCGCAAUUCCUCCUUUAUCGGGUUGCCGCCCAUCAGGAGAGGCUCAACAUUUGGCACAAAAUCAAAAGCACGGAGGGCCACGGAGCGCUUCUCCCUAGACGACGAAGACGGUGACGAUGGUGCUGACAUUGAUGCUCCUCCCCUCUCUCCAGUCAGCGGGAUUGACGCGUCGAUACACCCCCCAGAGGCCGUGACGGGCACGAAUCAAGGGGGACGCAAUGAAAAGCCUCUGCCUCCUCAGCCCGGGCAUGGAGUGCCUAUGGCCAUGGGCGUAGAUCCUGGAUUUGGCCAGCAACAGAGUUCCAAUGCAGGCCAUCACCCUCACCCUCACCCACAACAACAACAACAACAACAACAGCAGCAGCAGCAGCAAUAUCCUGGUGGACCGAACCCUCAACUUGCUCAAGGCGCGCCCAUGCUUGGUAGCCUGGUCCAGAAACUCCCUCCUGCAGGUCCGUGGAAACUGGAAGAGAGCCAUCUAACCGAGCCGCUUCACCUAACCAAAAAACGCUCCGGCACAGAUUUUUCGCAACAGGAUGCCUACUAUGGGUACAAUAAAGAGCUUGGAUUGGAAAUCCCUGCGGCUCCAAUGCCUCCCGCUCAAGGCCCUCCCGGGCGAUUCAGGAGUGAUGUACCCCCAUCGUCCGCUCGGCGUUAUCCAGAGCUGUUUUCACUCCCAGGACAAGACCCACGGCAGUUGGGUCGAGGCCAGGGAUACCCGCCUCAGAUGCAAGGUCGCCCACCGAGAGAGGGGGCGGCACCCGUGCGGCAGCAACAGGGAGGACCAGACGUUGAUGAGCGUGGGCGCAGGAGAAAUUCGGGCAUCUUGAAAGAGAUUGGGACCCGAAUUGCGAGAGCAACCUCGAGAGAACGACGGAGCUCUAUUGCCGAAGCUAAGCCACCAUCUAUACAGCUUCGAGGGGAUGAGGUAUCAGAAGCCAGCAUCACAACGGAGGAUGCUUCGGACCGUAAAAAGAAGCGAGCCAGUUUCUUUGGAUUCACUGGCCGUCCUUCCUCAACGGACCAGACGCUUCGGAAAGAAGAGGAUCUGGGCAAUCAGCCGCGCCAGCGGGAUACACAAUCUGCUGGAGCCGAGCCGCCUGCUGAUCCCCGCGAAGAUCAUAAACGCUCCCUCUUUGGUGGUGGUGGACAGCUCAAGAUAGGCCCCGGCAAUUUCUCUCGUUCCUCAACUUCCAACUCUGCACUGGAGUCAGUUUCUGGGCCCAGUGGUGACGGGGUUCCGCACAAGAGAAGGAUAUCUGAUAUCGCCAAAGCUUCCGGCAUUGCAGGCCUAUUUGGUCGCUCACGUCAAGAUCGUUCGUCACUGGGUGCAAUGCCUCGGCAGCAGAACGGCGACCAGGCUUUGAACCAAAGAGCCUUGAUACCUGAUCGACCCCCCAUGCAGCUCCCAUCUUUGGAUUUUACAUCGGACCCUCUGGCUUCCAUGUCUAGUUUGGGAUUCGAGGAAUCGUUUCAGAUCUACCAACAAGACGAGCACCAGCCACAACCACAACGAGGCCUAGAACAACCUAUGCAGACACAGUUUGGCAAUUCCAAUGCUUUCUCUGUUGGUUCUAUGAACCCUCAAGCUCAACAGACUUCUCCGUUACCCACUGCAAUUGGAAGCCAAGAGAGGACAGUAGCCUCGGCAGGAUUGACUUCUCCUCCUUUCAACCAGCCACCACAGGGCAUUAGCCAGAAUUCAGAGCGACAGAAUCUUCAGAGCCAUUUGCCACCCCUUGCAACCGAGACUCUUGUGCCAGUGCAGAACGUGAACGCUGCUGCUACAGAGGGCCAAAACCGUUCCGGCAACGAUAGUUUGGAAACCCCAUCCGAGUCCCAGUUGGACUCGGCAAUGGAUGAAAAGACCCCUAGGCUUCAAGAAUUCAUAUUUCAAGAGAAGCUGGCAGGUCUCCAAAUUGGGGAGGAUAAUGUGAGCGAAGAGGAAGUUUUGAGAUCACAGACUGUGUCGCCGGAUAUAUCCAUUGUAUCCACCUCCAAGACGGAGGAGCAAGGCCCUGUUCGAUCGCACAGCAAUACCUCCGAGCAUAGUGAGAUGGUUGAGGGGGUUUUGAUCACUCCUCCCCCUGAGGGGUCACUUCCAUCGGUUGCGGAUGCUGACAAUGCCGGCCAUUCUGCCAUUCACCAUGGUAUGCCGCCGUCAGUCCACUCUUUCCCAUCCAUUUCUUCGCUCCGUGAGAAAUCGGAUGCCAAAUCUAUUCAGCAAGAGGGAAGUUCUGUACACCAGACCGAAGAGAGCGUAGCAAUAUCACCGGAACCGUCACCUCAAGUUACGAAAUCUCAAGUAUCGAGCAAAGCCGCAACGCCAAUGUCUCAGCAUCAACAACUGCACUCACCGGCUUUGGCGACAGUAAAGCUGCCAGAACCACAAAGCGCCGAUCUGCCAGCCACUCCUCGGUCUCAAAGUAGACCUGAAUCGCAGCCGCGGCUCCUCGACACGGCAGGGCAGAGGCAACUAUCCGCUCCGUCAUCACCGCUCCCUGCCGGCAACCAACCAGCACAGCAGCAACCAGCACAGCAGCAACCAGCACAGCAGCAACCAGCACAGCAGCAACCAGCACAGCAACAGCCCGUACAGCAACAACUCGCUCAGCAACAACCCGUACAGCAGUAUGCUGUACAACAACAGCGUCCUGUACAGCAGCAGCACCUUGUACAGCCGCAGCAUUCCAUGCAGCAACAGCCGGUGCAACAGCUGCGGCCCCAAUAUGCACCAUCGGUAGGCGCCUCUAAUGCGUCCAUUGCCUCAGAGGCGUCGACACCGGUGUAUCAAGUUCAAUCCGGAUCUCAAAGCCUCUUCCCGGGGCUUCCUGGACCAUUCGGACGCGCAUCUACAGAUGCUGCAGCGCAGCAGAAAGAUAGCCAGGGAUCGCGAUGGAAAGGACUCAAGAACCGAAUGAGCGAGCAGAUUUCGCAAAGGUCACAGCCACAGCCACAGCAGCAGCAGCCACCGCAAUUACAAAACAUGAACCAGAGCCAGAACAAGACUGCCGUUGGAGACAAGAUCAAGGGCAACAAGUUACUGGGCGCUCUGAGACGUACAUCGAAACAGCCAGAGCUUAACCAAAGCCAGGCCAUCGUUCAGCCAUCUCCCAGCUCCAGGCAGCUUCCUAACCUGAUCCCACAGCCUCAUCCCCAGGGUUAUCAGCCGCAACCUGGACAGUUGCAGGGCCCACCGCCUAAUGGCAUGCCUGCUAACCCUCAACACUUGCAGUCAUCUAUGCAACCACCCAAUAUGCCGAGGGCAAAGACUAUGCCCCCUGGGCCACCACAGCAGAAUGCCCCCCCCCGAGACCAGACACGGUCAUCAGAGCCGCGUUAUGAAAGCGUCCCUAUUCCCAGGGGAUAUUCGGCGGUCCACGGCGAGGGCAUGAUGGUGCUAUCGCCAUAUCAACCGAAUGUUCGACGUCAGUUCGGCCCCCUACCGCCCCAGCAGCAGCAGCAGCAGCUACAGCAACACCCCCAUCCCCAUCCACAGAUGCAACGGCAAUGGCAAGGCGGUCAUCCUCCACCCAUGUCUCAGCAGCCUCAGCCAAUUCAAUUCCAAGGAAGCCCUCGCAUGGUUCAAGGCCCCCAGAACGGGGGGCUGGGCCACUUGAGAGCUCCAUCUGACUCACGAUCCGAUUAUCUCAAACCCCAGAGUCCUGAGUCAUUCAAUACGCAAUCGAGUCGGCACAAUAGACACAGUUCGCAAGGUAGCCAGAACAGCAGAGCUGAGGGCCCGCGGUCUGCCAGUGACACGGGCAGCAACCUGGGAAUGUCACAUCCCGGCAGCCCUCAGCCGUCUGAAAGGGGAAAUCUAUCCGUCAUGGACCGUCCUCGCUCUGCUUCACGAAGUCCCGCCGUAUCGGUUGGGGCUGACCAGAAGCCUGACUUGAAUCCUAGCGCAAAGCCAGAUGGAACAACUGACUCAAGCCGGGCGUCGAACCUUGGCAUAGAUGUAGAAAAAGCUCAACAACUAGUAGAGGAUGACCUUUAUUCCGCUACACCCAAGGUUGUACCAAUCGUGGCAGGAGAUUCUGGUAACCCACCCGCCACAUCUCAAUCAGCAUCAAAUGAGCAGGCAGAAAGCUCUGCAGUGGCAGCGGGCAAGGCCGUCAUCGUACCAGCAAACGCCGGUGCGAUGGCAGAGCUAGAAGACACGGAAGAAGCACGGAAGCGAGCCAUAAGGCUAGCAUCACAGGAGGAGAAGAUCUUUUACGAGCCUGAGGAUUACGAACCCAAGAUGAGCGCAACGAGCUAUCCUGGACAAGAGUGGAAUCCUUUUGGCGAACCGGAAUUUGCAGACUGGAAGGAAGAUUGA